AUGGAUUUUGCGUGCCGUGGCGUCUCCCCGCGUCAUCUCGUGCCGCUCCUGCUCCUCUCCCUCAGCGUCUUGCGAAUCCACGCGCGCCACGGCCCCGAGAUAGCCGUUGCGGACGUUCAACAUUCCCGGAGCCGUGCCGGGAAUGCCGCAAAUUCUCAUCAGCAGUUCGACUCGCAGUCUCCCGAGGUCGGAACAUCCGAGGGGCGCCAGCAUGAUCCAUACGCCAGCAGCGGCAACGGAGGUGGGGCGGGCAGCACCACUGUCACGGGGAGCGACGGCGCGGAGUCGAUUGCGGAGUGGAAGCGGCGAUCAGCGGAAGCGGGCGCGCACUUCUUCCCCCUGCAGCGCGCGGAAGACGCCCCCAGCAGGGAGGAGAUACACCGGCGCAUUCUCGGGUCCAGAGGCGUGGGGGGCGGCUUGAGGGGCAAAGGAGAGGCAGGCGGGGCAUCGGAUUUGACGGGGUAUUCCCUGCCAAUGAAGGAGUACGACAGCACGCUGGUCUCAACGGCCAACGGCACAAUGGGCAACACCAUGGUCAACUACAGCACCUUUGCCGGCGGCAACGACAAGAUCCGCCUCCCCGUGUAUCCGUACUACGUGGCGCUCAAGCUGGGGUCGAGGAAGCAGGAUUUCAGCAUGGCGCUCAACCUGUUCCUGCCCUUCACCUUCGUGCCCUGCGACUGUCUCCACUGCGGCUCCAUGCGCAAGGGGACCACCUACAGCAAGCCCUUCAGCACGCUCUCCUCCACAACCCUCAAGUACAUCUCCUGCGUCGACCGGCGCUGCCAGAGCGGCGCUCAAUCCGGCUUCUACGGCUGCAGCACGGAAGGGCUCCCCAACUACAUCAACCUCACGGGCCUGUUGCCUGGGGACGACGCGCUCUGCGUGUACGAUGCGUAUGCAGGAGGCUACGACUACUAUGAAGCGGACUAUGAAGCUAACAAUGGAACAGGAUCGUUCCUUGAGUCAGUGGGGCAUGUGGUGGAGGACACUGUAUACCUCACUGCACCUGAUGGUACCGAAGUCAACCGCUCCAUCAUUCUUGGCUGUGGAGUGAACCAGAUGGGCCACUGGGGCAUGCAGGGGUGGCAGUACGGGUCGUGGGCAGCAGGAGGCGUGCUGGGGCUGGGGUGGGACAGCCCCUUCCUGCAGCAGCUCACCUCUGCCUAUACCCCAAUGUCCUUCGCGGUGUGUCUGGAGGAGCCGACGCCCACGAACAAGACGGGGUGGGAUGGCAAGGUGCCGCUGCAGACAGGCAGCAGCCAUCUCGUCAUCGGUGCUUUCGGCCUCACUAAAGGCGCCGCCAACUACACCUACAUGUAA